AUGUCCCUGAAAGCAUGCAUCGAUGGAUGGAAGUACCUGAGGAAGGUGCUAGUGGUGGACGGCACCCACAUGUUUGGAAAGUACAAAGGUGUUUUGCUAAGUGCCAGCGGACAAGAUGCUAACAGCCGCGUAUUCCCGAUUGCUUUCGCAGUAGUGGAAAGCGAGAACACAGAAUCUUGGACAUGGUUUUUCCAGAGGUUAUCUACUAUUGUAGAGGAUGGUUCUGAUUUAAGUAUAAUAUCAGAUAGAUGCGCAGCAAUUUUCGCAGCGAAAGAUAAAUGGUACCCACGUGCAUACCAUGGUAUUUGUCUCGUACACCUCCAGCGUAACGUUAAUGAUAAGUUUAAGGGGCUGCAACAGAAAGCAAUGGUUGGCAGAGCUGGGGAUGCGUUCAGAGUUUCGGUGUUUAAGGAGAUAAUGGAGCUUAUAAAACUGACGGAUUGGAGAUGCUGGGAUUAUUUGGAGAAGAUCGACAAGAAGCUAUGGACACGUUCACAUUUCGAAGGGGAGAGAUUUAACGUGAUGACUUCUAACGCUGCUGAAUCGUUGAAUAAUGCUCUUCUGCCCGCUCGUGAUAGUCCUAUAAUGGCAUUGUUCGAGUUUAUUCGCCGUAAGCUGUGUACAUGGUAUGUGAGCAGACGCACCGAGAUCAGUAAGAUGAAGGUAAAUGUUCCAGAUAAUAUUCAAAAGAUAUUGGUCGAACAGCUGGUGCUGUCAAUGGGCCUUCUAGUUAUGCCAUGUUCGACUUGGUUAUUCGAAGUUACGCACAGGCCAACUAAUUUUGGUUUCACGGUUGAUCUGGAUAAACGAACUUGCACUUGCCUCGAAUUCCAAAAGCUUGGUUUGCCAUGCUGA